GGAGGAGCCAGAACAUAGAUUCCUGAAGUGAGAUCCUCGAGGAGCUGGAUACAUCAGCUAUCCCUCUGCAGUGCGUGGGUGAUGCAGGCCCUGGGCCUUCAUUUCCUGUCUGACAGGAGAUGGUAAUGAAAAGACAUCCUUUCCUUAAUCCCUUUUUUGUAACCUUUUAGCAGAUGGGAUCUGUCUUCCCACUCUGCUCUGGAUCCCAUGUCUCACUGCUAUUUAUUGUUCCAGAUCGACUGUGCAGAGCUGGGCUCUGCUUGUGUUCCACGUUCAUCUGCACAAAAUGCAGCUGUUGCCUUUGUCAUUUAGGGGAGCUCAGGGUGUUCCCCUGUCCCAUUUGGACACCACCAGCUUGCCAACUGGGGCAUCUACUUGCAAAGUGCUACUUCUGCUCCCAUUUCUAGGGAGAAAACCUAAUUCCAGUCAGAUAAGGGGAGAGCAGAAUUUUGCAACCGCGUUCAAUUCCCGUCAGUGUGAGGAUUCCUGUUUCCCUUUCUGGAAAAGCAAACACUGGAUAACAACACCACCCAGUCAUUCCUGGGGGCAUCCAGAGCUGCUGUGAGCUGCGUGGCUGUGCCUGCGCUAUUGCAUAUGAGCAGCAGAGCUCUGCCCACAGCUUUUUAAUGCGAGUGACAUCAAAGGCAAAGCCCUGCCUGCUGCCGGGGGGGACCCACAAUGCAGCUGGAGGCAGCCGUGGAGCAGCUCCAGGCCCGCUGGCAUCACCGCUCUGCAGCCAGACACCCUCCUUUGUCAGCCCUGGGGGCCAGCCCUGCAUGGGGACACGGGGACGGGCCUGGCUUUAGGGCUUUCGUCCUGCCUGCUGUCCCCUGGGCUGGCUGGAGGAGGGGGUGACACCUGGGGGCUCAGGUGGGCAGCAGAGCCCCCGGCAGCCGGGGGAGAUGAGCUCACAGGAUGAGCAGUUCCCAGCAGCAGCAGCAGCCCCCGAGGCAGCGGGCGCCGAUGAGGGCAUGACCUGGUGGUACAGGUGGCUCUGCAGGAUUGCCGGGGUCAUCGGGGGCAUGUCCUGUGCCUUUGCUGGUCUCUGGAACUGUGUCACCAUCAACCCCCUGAACAUUGCAGCCGGCGUGUGGAUGAUGCUCAACGCCUUCGUCCUGUUCCUGUGCGAGGCCCCUUUCUGCUGCCAGUUCAUCGAGUUCGCCAACGCCAUGGCCGCCAGGGCCGACCGGCUGCGGGCCUGGCAGAAAGCAGCUUUCUACUGCGGGAUGGCCGUGUUCCCCGUCGUGCUCAGCCUGACGCUCACCACGCUCCUGGGCAACGCCAUCGCCUUCGCCACCGGGGUGCUCUACGGUCUGUCGGCCCUUGGAAAGAAGGGAGAUGCCAUCUCCUACGCCCGCAUCCACCAGCAGCAGAAGCAGAUGGAUGAGGAGAAGCUGACGGGCAGCCUGGAGGGACAGGCUCUCUGAAGGACACCAGCUCGGGGUAGCACCUCCUGGACACUGAGAUGGUGACGAUGUGGAAGUCCACGCUGCCCUUCCCUCUGUCCUCUCCACUCCCUGCUGCACCACGAUUGCCCUGGACACUGCAGCAACUGGAAAUCUCAGGGGCUGGGCAGGCUGUGUCCUCUCCUCACACCAGCAGCCAGCUCAGCACGUCGCUCCUUCUCUCCUCAGCCCUCAUCCCAAAGAGUGCUCCUGUUUUUUAAUCUUUUCUUUUUGCUGCAGAGGUGCUGGCUCUCUGAGUGCUGCUUUCCCACCCCUUUUUUUUUGUUUUUAUGGACUGCCCUCUGGAUGGGCGAGGAGGGACAGAGGACCUGCCAGUGCAGGUUCCACGUGUUUAAGAACACUCCCUGGCAUGGCCCUUCCCAGGUACAACACCUAACCCAGGGUUUGCAGAGCUCCCUGCUGCUCAAGCUUGGUUUUCUUCCACUAUUUUAAUUAUGGGACCAAGCACUGGAGGCAUCACUGCAUGGGAAAGGAUUUCCAGCAAAAACCCAUCUAAAGAUAAAAUCCAUUUCUGCAGGGGAGCUGCCAGAGCUGCUGGGCCUGCAAAGCACAGUCCCUGCUUCCUCUGGAUACAGCUGCAGGCAGUGACUGCCAGUUACUUGAAUUAUGAGAAUUAAUUACUUUGUCUUAAUAAGGGCACUUUUCUUAAGCUUCACUCUUUUACUGGGGCAUAAGGGAAACAAUAUUUGCUGUACCACAGCUGAAAAGGAUGUUGUUUCUUGAGCCAAGUGGGAUUUUUUGCUGGUGUGGGAGUCACUGACGUGACUCUGCUCCUGGGACUCUGCUCCUGCAUCCCUCCGAGAAGGGACCUGCUCUGCUUGCCUGGUGCAGCCUUUGUCUUUGGGACUGUGUUUUUUUGCAUCAAUCCUGAGCUUGUUUUGUAUGGGAAGGUGGCACAUCUUCCCUGUGCAAACAGAGAGGAGGCUGCACCAUUUCAGUGUGGACAGCUGGGAUAUUUUACUUUGCUAUCCCAGGCACUUUCUGUGGUUUUUACAUUGUAUUUUCUGUUUGCUUUGUACCAAGCAGUACAAAACUGCUCACUAAGUCCAGACCCCCCUCUUCUCAUCCCAGUUUCUCCUGGGGAUUUUAAUUUAUUUGAUUUUUAUAUGGUUGCUUUUUGUUUUGAUUAGGAAAAAGGGGAAUAAUUUAUUUCUAGUUAUUUAAGUACUUUGAUGGGACUCAUUUUCUCUGGAUAUAGGAGAAGGGAGUGCUCUGUUUCCUGUCCUUCACAGGGCUGCCUCAUUUCACCAGGGGUCUCUGAGAGCAGGGAGAGCCCUGGCUGUGCAAAAUCCAGUCUCAGCCUUCAGAAUAUUUCUCAGAUUCUUAAAAAAACCUGUGCUGUCCUUUGACCCCUUUGUCUUCUUCUGGGCCACAAGCUUGACAAACUGUGUUUUCCCCUCUUCUGGGAGAGAAAAGGGAGGAAAACUGGGCUAUAAGUGCUGGAUUGGGACAGCCACCAGCACUCUGUGUCCCUGUUUGUACCCUUGGGUACAGAGGGGUUCUGCUGUGCUCUGAGAAACGCUGCUGGAGGCCGGUGCUGUCUGUCAGAGGGGUCUGUCCAUGCUGGAAACUCUCCUUAGACCCUGCUCUUCCUCAAGCUGCCAGCUCCUGUGAGCUGCUGCUUCUUCCCUGGAGCUCAGGAGCUGUGAGGAUUCCCACCAGUCAGGAUUCCCACCAGUCAGGAUUCCCACCAGUCAGGAUUUCCAAAGCCCCUGCCUCUGCAUGUGGGCACCUUUUUUAUGCAAAGCCCCUUUCCCCCCACCUUUGAACUGGGACUGCUCCAACACCCCUUGUCUGGGAUGCAGAGCAGGCACCACCAGCCUGGAUUUUUUCCAUAAAUACAGCUUUUUUCCCUCAGAUCUGUGCUGGUUUGGAGCUGAUCCCUGGUGCUGGAUGCAAUGCAGGGCCACAGCCUCCUGCUGCCUGCAGGGAUGGAUGCUGCAGGAGCAAUGUGGGAAUAACCUCUGGGUGCUGGUGCUGCCUCAGGAAUGGGCAGGAGAUUUGAUUUCAGGGGGUGUGGGGAGUUCUGUAGUGUUUAGUAGAGGAAUGUUGCAGACUGAUGCAUGUCAGUGUCUCUGGUAGUGACAGCUUUGCUCCGUGAGUAGUUCUGCAGUAGCUUUAGUGUCAGGAGGCCAAAUGCAAAGCAGAGCUCAAUCAAGGGCUGAGCCUUGCAGGGUGGGACCCUCAUCUGCCACUCCUGCCGUGGUCUCUGGGGCUGGGGUAGGUGGGCUCUGCUCCCCUGGCACCGAGGCACAAGUCCCAGCAGUGCUGUCACAGCGUUUUGGGGCUGAGGCAAGGGAGAAAUCUGCAUUAAUCUGCCACCAGGAGCAGGUGGCAAAGCUCAGCCCCGAGCUGGAAAUGGGCCUCAGGGACUCUCCUGAAAGAGCUGAGCUGCAGCCUUUGGCCACAGUGCUUGAAAUGUCCGUGCCUGUCACCCCUGGAGGUGUCUCAGAUCCGUGCUCCAAGGGUGGUGACUCCCACUCCUGUCUGGAGUGGGAACCCUUGGGAAUUUUGGCUGUCUGGAACCAAGCCAUACGCUGCCAGCAUUGCAGACAGGCUUGGUGACAGCACCUGUGGCUUGUAGGAGCUGUAGUGACACUCAGUGGAUGGUCUCACCUCCAUGUGGGCCCGUUUGGUGGAGACAGGAAGGAGCUUUAGAGUAGAGUAGCAUCACAGUAGUUAAAUGCCAGUGCAUGGUGGAUGUUAGUUGUGUUUAGAGGCACCCUCGGGGUGCUCAGAGCUGUGCAAGGACAAAUGAAGUUCAAACCCUGCUCUGGAGGUUUCACAGGCUCAACCCAAGCCCUGCUGAGGGCAUGCAGGGCGGAUGGCUGAUCCACAGGGUCUGUGUGGGGCAGGGUCUGCUCCCCAGGCCUUGGAAAGGAGCUGCUGGGAGGGCUCAGGGAGGGCUGACACGCUGAGGACAGUGAGCUGGUGGCACUGAGGCUGUCACACACUGGUCACCAGGGCAGCAUUUCUGCACUGUGCCACUCUCCCAUGCCUCUGCCACUCCGUGUCCCCUGGGGCUGCCCACGGGGUGUGAAGAGCAGGGCAGAGCUCGCUGCCCUGGGCAGGAGCUGCUUCUGUAACACCCAUUGAUUCUCUGUGUGUGCAGUGAAUAAAAACACCAUUCUACCUCUGGAAGAGCCACUGUGAUUUCUCACACUUCAAAGGUUGUAGCAGGAGCCCCGGGGCUCGCUGUGCUGAAGGAAGGAGGUCACUCAGAAAAUGCUUCUCCAGUGAAGUUCUCUCAGGAGCUGAAGAGUCCAACCUCGUUUCCUAGUGGGGCAUUUCCUCCUUAGGCUGAGCCCUGGGAAGCUCAAUUCAUCUCUGUCAUUUUUUCCUUAGGAAAAAACAUCCACUGUCUUCAGGGAAGGGUUUCACUGAAGUGAAGAUAUCAAGACCUGGUCCAUAGCCAUGUGAGAAAGAGAAUGCUCGAGCACAGGGCUGCCAGAAAUCCUGAUCUUCAGAAAGUCAGUGGAAACCAGAGGCUCUUGAGACCUCUUGUAGUCAGGCCAUGCUUAGAAAAAGUUGUGUUCCAGCCAGGGCUGAACAUCUUUCUGGAAAAGGGUCUCAGCAGCAGAGGGUAGGUUUAAUACUGAAUGUUUUCUGUGUUUUUUCUUUUGGCCCACCACUCUCCCUCUGUCCUAGGCUGUUUUAAAUUAAUGCUGUGAUAAAGCACAUCUUCUCUUAGGAGAUUUCUCAUCUCCUGCUGCAGGAGAUCAGAAUGGCAGCUGGCACAUCUGGAGGGCUGGCUCAGACGUGCUGUUUUACCCCUGCUUCCUCAGGACAGCAGGCUGAAUGUCCCAGGAAUAGCCCCUGGGCUGCCAAGUGCAUUUCAGGAGCUUGGACAAAUGCUUGGGCACAUCAUGUCCCAGCUCAGCCUUUGUGCUUCUGCCCUUUUGGGAGGAGUCAGGUUGGACUGAGCAAGGCCCUUUGUUCCUCACAGCCAUAACCACCUCCUGCAGCCGUGUUUUACCUCGGGUUAGCUCUAAAAAAUAAUUAUGAAAGGUUCUUAAUCUUGCAGGACACACAGGAAAGGGGUGAGACUGAUUUGCUACUAACUAUGCAGUUGAAAUCUCAAAGUGAUAGAGGUGGAGGCACAUCCACCUCCCUCUUUGUGGGUCAAACCCUGGGGUGGGAAGGACCCACCCCAGCACAAAGUGUUGUCAGUACUCACUGUGUCUUUCCCACGGGGAAUCACUUGCACUACAGCUGGAUGUUUGUCUGUUCCAUUCUUUUGUCCUGGGUUUUCCUUGUGAACUGUAUUUGGUCUUAUUCAUUAGGCUUCUAGUGUAAUGUGUGUUUUUAGAGCAAUAAAACGUGGCAGCUUUUUAUACAAAA